GUUGGGAUAGAAUUGCCACGUUGACAUGACACAGUUUCUCUCUUCUUAUUGCAUCUAUAUAUGAAAGCAUGAUCGACUCAUUCUUCCUAUCAUCACUGUCUUGUCCGUUUUCUAAAUCUCAUUCUUCACCUGCAACUAUUUGGAUUGCUGAUUUUUGUUAAUACCAUAUUUACUGAUAUUGGCGCAUUUCUUUGAGAAGUUACUAAUUCCUAGAUAGAGGCAAAAAUGUUGGGAAUUUUCAAGGAGAAGUUGGUUAAAGCACCCAAAGAGCUGAACAGUCCAGCUUCGUUGAAUUCAUGCACUAAGCCUAAGCUAAGUCAUGAAAUCCUUCAGGAUUUCAUGUCCUGCAAUUCCUCCAAUGCUUUCUCAAUGUGCUUUGGGAAUGAAGCUUUGCUAGCCUAUUCCCCUUCAAACAAGCCCUCCAUUCAUCAAAGGUUGUUUAGUGGUUUGGAUAACAUAUACUGUGUCUUCCUGGGUGGCCUGCACAACCUUAGCAUGCUCAACAAGCAGUAUGGGCUAUCAAAGGGAACAAAUGAGGCCAUGUUUAUCACUGAAGCAUAUCGAACUCUUCGUGACAGGGGUCCAUACCCCGCUGAUCAAGUCCUCAAAGAACUUGAAGGCAGUUUUGGAUUUGUGAUCUAUGACAACAAGGAUGGAACAGUUUUUGUUGCAUCUGGUUCUAAUGGCCAGAUUGGGCUCUACUGGGGUGUUGCAGCUGAUGGUUCCAUAGUUAUUUCUGAAAAUCUGGAGCUUAUAAAAGCAAGCUGUGCUAAAUCAUUUGCACCAUUUCCGAAUGGGUGUAUGUUUCAUAGUGAGCAUGGUCUCAUGAGCAUUGAACAUCCAACAAAGAAGAUGAAAGCAAUGCCUAGGAUUGACAGCGAGGGAUUUAUGUGUGGGGCUAACUUCAAUGUUGACUCUCAGACAAAGAUCCAAGUGAUGCCUCGUGUUGGAAGUGAAGCUAAUUGGGCCACAUGGAGCUAACAAACUUGACUGAUUUAAUCAUAGCCCAACUUUUUUUUAAAACCCUUUUCUAAGUGGUUAAGAGUACACAACUUAAUAUGAUGGUGCUGACUCUGCUUUUAGGCUUCAGCUCUUUUGGGUUAUGUAGUUUUUCUCGUUUGGUUCCAUUGUUCUGUACAUAUUCAUGCUUCAAUGUUGAACAUGACUAUGGUAAUUUCCAAUAUCAAUAAUAAGAAGUUUCAGUUUUUUGCUUUUAAA